CGUGGUCUCUUCCGAGGCGGAGGCGGCGGCGGAGGCAAAGGCGAAAGGGUCUGUGACGAGAGCGCGGCGAUCGAGAGAGACAGAAAGAGAGAGAGAGAGAGAGAGAGGAGAGAAGGAAGAGGCGGGGAUGGGAACGAUCUUUAAUGGAUCCCUCUGUUCGGUGCUUCCAUCACCUCGGAGAUCUCUCGAGGGGAUUUCCUUUUUCCGUGGUAGUAAUCUCAGGAAUCUUGACAGCAGUUCGAGGAAGAAUUCCGGCAUCCGCUGCAAGAUCUCGGAGGGCGGCCCGGUGGAACAGGGCUCCCGUAAUAAUCGCGAGGUGGAGGACUAUAACACCGUCAUGAAGCGCAUGAUGAGGAACCCGUACGAGUACCAUCACGAUCUUGGCAUGAAUUAUACUAUCAUAAACGAUAGUUUAAUUGUCGGUUCUCAGCCACAAAAGCCCAAAGAUAUUGAUCACCUAAAAGAGGCAGAAAAUGUAGCAUACAUUCUGUGCUUACAGCAAGAUAAAGACAUUGAGUACUGGGGAAUAAAUUUUCAAGAUAUUCUCAACAGGUGCAAAGAACUUGGCAUUCAUCACAUGAGAAGGCCUGCAAGGGACUUUGAUCCAGAUUCACUGAGGAGCCAAUUGCCAAAAGCAGUCUCUUCACUAGAAUGGGCUAUUUCUGAGGGUAAAGGAAGAGUUUAUGUCCAUUGUACCGCUGGACUGGGAAGGGCACCUGCAGUUGCAAUUUCUUAUUUGUUUUGGUUCUGUGACAUGGAUCUUAACACAGCCUAUAAUACUGUUACUUCAAAAAGACCCUGUGGGCCAAACAAGCGAGCCAUCAGAGGAGCUACUUAUGAUUUGGCAAAGAAUGACCCGUGGAAAGAGCCUUUUGAGAGCUUGCCUGAGCAUGCCUUCGGGGGUAUUGCUGACUGGGAAAGGAAGUUGAUUCGAGACCGAGUACGUGGACUUGGUGGAACUUGAGACAAUAAUGGUAGGCCAUAUAAUCUUAUUGUUUAUCUUUUUUGUUGUUGUUGUUGUUGUUGUUGUUGAUUCUCCCCAUUAUGUUGCAUGUCAUAUAUUUAUUAUGUACUUGGGAAAUCAAAGAAGGUUAUGCCUAUGAGCAGCAAUGGGUUUCUCUCUUCUUCUAAAA